GUUUCGAUAUGAAUGUGUUAUUGUGGUUUUUUUCUUUUUUUUUGUUUGAUACAAGCUCUGAGCAUAACAUCACUAAGAAAUGGUUCUGGACUGUUUCCCCGAAAACGUUUUAAUCGAUAUUUUAUCUUAUUUAAACGUGCGCGAGCUCGUGCGGAACUCCAGGGUCUGCAGGCGCUGGAGGCAGCUGGUGAAGGACCAGAGACUCUGGAGAACUGUUGAUCUCUCCUCAUGGAACGGACUGACGUCUCGAGUGCUGUGGGUUCUGCUGCGUCAGUAUCUGGGUCACGGUCUGCGAUGUCUGCGUCUGCGCGGGCUUCUGCUGUCUGCGCGCCGAGGAGCCUUCCUCACCGAGUCCUGGCUGCAGGCGCUGCGCUCAAAGUGCCCUCGUCUGCGCAGACUGUGCCUGCAGUACACAGACCUGCGCAGUCUACGCAGCUGCCGCCUGCUGCCCGCGUCACUGCAGGUGCUGGAGCUGCGCUCCUGUGAAGUCUCGCCCGGGUUCUUCUCGCAGGACCCCGAGGCGGGCGGGAAGGCGGCUGCAUCGGCCGUCGCCAUAGAAACGCUGGUCCUGGACGGCGUGCCGUCGUUCUCUGACCAGCACCUGUGCGGUCUGUCCACGUGGCAGCAGCUGAGCCGCCUGGAGCUGCGGGAUCUGGGCCGUGUGAGCGCGGGGGGGGUGAGGAGGUGCGUCCCCCCCGGCGCGCAGACGCUCGCCCGCCUCACACACCUGGAGCUGGGGACCUGGAGGUAUGCGCAGAUGGUGGCGCUGGGUCUGGGCAAGGGCUGGCCGGGGCUGGAGGCGCUCACGCUGGGUGGGAACGAGGUCAGUCCGGGUCUGCUGUCGGUCAGCCGCCUGCAGGACCUGCGCUGGCUGCGUCUGCGCGCAUGCAGACUGAACACGAAGACGGUGCUCAGGUGCUGCAGGUCUCUGAAGCAGCUGCGCAAGCUGGAGCUCGCAGAUCUCUAA